AUGGGUGAUAGGCUCUAUUUCUCAACCCCACACUUGCAUAUCAACUCUAAUCGCUCGCAAGAUCAUCGUAAAAUAAGUUACGAUCUUAUAUGUCAAGAAAUCUUACCUCUGAUCAACAAUGAUCCGUCGUUGAACAUGAGAACAAUAAUUUCUCACAUUACUAAAGUCUACAAUUAUAUGCCCUCGUACAGGAAAGCAUGGUUAGCAAAAACCAAGGUGAUUGAACAAGUAUACGAUAACUGGGAGGAAUUAUACAAAGAGUUACCCUGCUACCUACAUGCACUUCGCACAUAUGCACCAGGUACUGUUUAUGUGCUGGAAACAUUGCCAGCGUAUGCCCAAAACGGUACUCUUAUCAGCGGAACUGGAAUAUUCCGUUUCCAACCAUGCAUCAGAGGGUUCGCGUUCUGCAAACCUAUUAUUCAAAUAGAUGGAACGUGGUUGUACGGGAAAUGCAAUGGCACCCUACUGAUGGCAGUCGGUCAAGAUGGCAACAUUAACGUCUUCCCAAUUGCCUUCGUUUUAAUCGAGGGGGAGACCGGUGGGGGUUGGAGUUUCUUUCUCAAAAAUCUCAGAACACACAUGUCUUCGCAACCUGGUCUCUGUUUUAUCUCUAAUAAACAUACUUCUAUUGUGAGUGCAUACAAUAACCCGGCCAGUAGUUGGCAUGACCCCCCUUCUACGCAUGUCUUCUACAUUAGACAUAUUGUACAAAAAUUCACGCGAGAGAUUAAAGAAAAAGCUCUUCGCAAAUGGGUUAUGAACGCAGUGUAUGCAUUAACUCAACCAUCAUUCAAACAUUAUCGCAAAGAGAUCAGAUUGUCAAAUCCAAAUGCAGGUAGAUGGAUUGAUAAUAUUCUUGUGGAGAAAUGGACUAUGUCAUACGACAAUGGACAACGAUGGGGACACAUGACAACAAAUCUUGUUGAAUCAAUGAACGGUGUCUUCAAAGGCAUACAAAACCUCCCUGUAACCGCUUUGGUAAAAUCAACAUAUUUUAAGAUGGCUUAG